ACAGCUGCAGCUGUCAAAUGCGGCAAGAUGGACUUCCUCUUUUCCGAUACGUUCGCGGUCGUGUAAAUUUGUGUUGAAAAACCACAAAAUUAAAUCUUAGCCAUGGUGCGUAUGAACGUAUUGGCCGAUGCCCUGAAGUGCAUUAACAACGCCGAGAAGCGCGGCAAGCGUCAGGUGCUUCUGCGCCCCUGCUCCAAAGUCAUCAUUAAGUUCCUGACUGUGAUGAUGAAGCAUGGCUACAUCGGCGAAUUCGAGAUUGUCGACGAUCACCGCUCUGGCAAGAUCGUUGUUAAUCUAACCGGACGUUUGAACAAAUGCGGCGUCAUUUCGCCACGCUUCGAUGUGCCCAUCAACGACAUUGAGAAGUGGACCAACAACCUGUUGCCCUCUCGUCAGUUUGGCUAUGUCGUUCUGACCACAUCCGGCGGCAUUAUGGAUCACGAGGAGGCCAGGAGAAAACAUCUUGGUGGCAAAAUCCUUGGAUUCUUCUUCUAAAUGCGGAGCAGUAGGAGAAUGAAGCUAACAACAUCUAAAGCUAUUUCGUGUGUGUGGGGAGUUUAAAUAUGUAAAAGUUGUUUUAUUUCCCCGUCGCGAUAAAUGAUAAAAUGAAAAAUCGUUUCACGUUCAUUUGAACAACAAAUACCAACAUCGUUCAUUCAAGACAAGAAUGUUCCACUAAUAAAACGCGAAAUAAAAUGAUGGAUACAUAA